AUGAUGAUGAUUGUAAUGGUACCAACGCUGCAGACUACUAGUAGGCAGGUUUCGCCGUCUUUGACGUGGGAAGAAAACUACACACUUCUCGAGAAUUACAUUGCCGAGAACGGUGGCAACAACUUUUCCAGCCCUCAAGAAUUCUGGAGCGGGCCCUCCAAGGUGAACCAAUGGCUGAUGUACAACAAGGUCGAGCUUCAAAAGCCCCGGAAUCGUAUCCAUCCAGUAUGGAUCGAACGAAAGGAACUACUGGAGCAGUUGGGAAUGGACAUGCCCGGAGUGUUUCAAUCUCCGACUACUAGUGCAAGUAGCACCAGACCGGUUCUAAGAAAAUGUCAAACGAAGAAGAAGAGACGUAUCCCACGAAACCAAGAAUGGAUGGGAUGGUAUCGAGUGGACAAUAUUGUUGAAGACAGCAUUGACUACUGGGGAUUUGGUUGCGGCUUCAUGACGACGACAGCAGAAGAAGACGAAGAGCCCUUGCCAUGCAACAGUUACGCCAAUGUGCCUCAAUCAUGGGUGCUGCAAGGAGGUGAAUCCGCCACCAAGAGUCAAAAUGACCGACACACGUUUAUGAAGGAUUUGUCAGCCUCCACAAUGCAGUUGACACAAAGUUGGAUGGCGCGGUUGGCUGGUGGCAACCGCCAACCGGCUGGGAAGCGAGAGGUUGCCCUGGCCGCCUGA